AUGGACAGCGAGCAAGCACCCCAACCCGUCAUAAAUGGAGAUGUACCAGUCGACCACCCUGUCGACCCAUUCGGCUUCACUGCUGUGCCCUUUGAAGUCCCUGCAGACUUUGACUCACCUUUAAAUUUCGCGUUGGACGUCACUCAAGCACGCCACGAGGUCGGGACCAAAGGCAAUAAUGUCGAUUCCCCGGCCGGCUUCGUUUACAUCGUCGCUUCGUCAGUAGUCGUCCCCGUUGCCUUUGGGUCACCUCGCAGCGAUGAAGUAGCCGGAAAUAAAGCGUCCAACCCCGGCGAAACCGCAGAAGUUUUGGGAGAUCACCCGGUCAAUGUCGCACCGAAGUUUGCUUACGUUUCCGCUUUCAGUUAA